AUGCUGAAAUGGACGAAGUUAGUGACAAAAUAUCCAAUCAAUAAUGCAUUAGCCUUAGAGCCAAUUGGUUUCGAGGUCUUCAAUCCGAACUUGGCUCCACAGCCGUACCGGAAAGCAGAGAUGCUGGCACCAUAUCCUAGGAUAACCUUUGAUCUCGCGAUCGAGAAGACAUUUGCGACAGAGAAAGGCUUGUACGUCCUCCCUGGUAAAAUUGGACGGUGGUAUCAACUUGCGCAGCCCACGAGGACGAAGACUGAACUCCUGUCAGUCCUGCCAUCUACGAAUUUAGGAGUGAAAAAGUUUUUGGAAGAAGAGUUGAAUUAA